GCUGCCGCUUUAUCUCCUUUGCUUUCGUUCCCCCUUUUUUUUUACUUCUCCUUGCAGCGCCACGGCGACGAAGCGUGGACGUGUGUCGACGGCAGAAACAGCCAAAAAAUAGUAACCGCGAGUGUAUACCCCUAGUGCGGCCGUCGCCGUGUGUCACGUAGCACCUUCCACGUCGCCACCUACUACUACUCUCUCUGCAUGGGGCACCUGAUCGCACAGCAUCUCAAACAAGCAACCCAACCACAAAAAGGACGUCCUCUCUUCACAGGCGCCCCCACGAUAUAACAGCGUGUGUGAAAGGUGGUAUUUCUGUCAUUGCGCGCAUCACCAUCCUGAAUUAUCACUAUUAUUAUUACUGUCAUCAGUAUUACUUAAAACAGGUUUCCUUUUCGCGUCUCGGGUACUUGUUACUCUUUUCGCCAGUUCUACGAGUCUUGUUGGCGACUCGUAUUCGUGCUGUGGACGGUGACGGACACGGUCUCUCACUUCCUUUCUCAUUUUUGCGUCUGCUGGCAUUCGGCAUUCCCACCUGAACCUCUACCGUUGUUGCCGUGAGUUGUUCCGCGUGAUUUCCGCGCCCCUUGGUUUUUGGGAGGGGGCCUUUUCACAGGGCGAGUUCGGCUCCUUUUUUUUCUAUACACCGUUCUUGUUUUUCAUCUUGUUUCAUCUUGUUUCAUCUUGCUGUUGUUCCUUUUCCGAUACAACACUCCUCCGCGCUUGCGGCGAUCAAACCGGCGGGGGUGUGCUUGUGUGCCUGUGUGUGUGUGCAGGUGGAAGUGGGCUCAUCGGCAUCCACGAACACCAACACAGACGUUAUAAAUAAUAAUACAAAUAGAACGCAUUCAGCGCCGUAGUGCUCUCCGCGAUAGUUUUUUUUCCCGCACCGCCACCGAAUGUCCUCCGCAUCUUCGCACUCCUCGGAGCUGUCCCGCUUCUUCUCAUCGUCCACCUCGUGCGACACGACGGUGGCGGAGCUGUGCGGCGGCGGCGGCUCCGUCAUUGCGGAGCCCAACUCAAAAGCAGGGUGGAGAACUGCCUCGCUGUGCCUCUCGGACAGCAACGGGCAGUCGCAGUCGGGCCGCCUCGAUGCAGAACCGCUGCCCACCACAACCACCAACGAUGACGCCCGCCUCCUUCCGAAGGAGCGCAUUCAUCACUACAUUGACCAGUGCGUGCCCCCCGACUUAAUCGCGCACCAGCGAGCCACUGACGGCCGCGUCGUGGUGCAAUUGUGUGAGGAGCUGCUUCAGUUUGGUGGGCCAGCAGCGUGGGCGGGCCGUCUGCCGUCGAACAUCUUCAGUGGUAGCGUGCACGACGCGCCUGGCGAUGUCGCGAGCAGCGACGGCGAAGCGAGAGCGGUGGGCGAGUUGCCGGCGUGCAUUGCGGCAGCGGCGCUGUACUGCAGCGACGACGUGCCCGCCACAUGGGACGAGGACGUGCGCUGCAAGGUUGCCGACGACGCCGCGCUACCCACCGACACGGUCCCGUGGGGCUCACUGACGCGGCAUCUGCACCAACUCGUUGUUCGAUUAAAUCAACUGAUCACUCGCGAGGGCACGCACUUCCCGUGCUACACCUUGCCCUUUCGCCUGCAGGCGCGUGUGACGCCGGUGCUGUACGGCUGGGCGACGUGCUGGCCGCUGGCGGAGGCGAACGUGCGGUGCUGGGAGUGCGUUGUGAAGGCCUUCCAUGCCGCCUGCGGUGCCCACCAGCCUCCAAGGGAUGAGCUGCCGUCCUCGGCCGUCGAGGUGCCGCCCCCGCGCUCUUCGCCCUCUCCUUUGCUGGAGGAGGCGCCCCCUGACGGCGGCGACACGCGGGUGCGGUGCGCCUUCACGCUCCCGUGGAAACCGCUCGCGGCGCUCUUUUUGGCGGUUCUCGAGCCGGCCAACUCCCGUCUGCCUUCGUGGGUCGCGAUGGUGUCCGCCGUGCGGCGGGAGCUGCCCGCACUGUGCCGCCGCGCCUCUCCCUUCUUCCCCGCCGAGGCCGUGGACGGACUCUGGGGCCUCAUCUGCAGCGACUUGCAGCGCGCGUCCGGCGGCGUGGCGGCCCUUUCGCUGUUCGUCCAGCUCGUGCCGUACCGGCACCUCUGCACGGCCUCCGCAGCGCCGCCCCACCGCAGCGGUAGAGAUGAGGCGAGAGCGGAGGAGGAGGAGGGGAGUAGAGAGGACGGCGAGGAGGCCGUCACGGGCGGUGCACCGCGUCUCACGGACCGCGCACAGCAGAUUCUUCGCUUUUUACUCGUGGAGGCCGCGGCGUGGUCACCGCCAACGCCGCCGAACCCGCCCGUCGCCGCAGGGCCGAAACGGCAGCAGCGGCGGCGGCAGCGCAAACCGCGCUGCUUGUUGAUGCCGUGGCGAACAGCGGUGGUGUUUUUCGCCAGCUCCCUCGCGCGGGCACACCCUUCCGUGGCGGGCCUCGGCGACUACGCGGAGCCCCUCUUCACGGCGUGGCUGACCGCGCUGGCGUUGCCCAUCGGCAGUCCAGCCGGCAUGACCGGGGCCACGGCCGCGGCGGCGGUGUCACGCGUGGUACGUCGACCGGACGCCGCCGCUGCUGCUGCUGCUGGUGUUUUUGCUGCUGCUGUUGGGGGCGGGGGUGGUGGGGGAGGCGGUUCUGGCCAGCGAGGUGCGGCGGAGGUGCGACCAGGCAAGGUCGAGUGGACGGCCGCCCCGUACGCGCGUCUGCUCAGCGCGUUCCCCGACAACGCCGAGUCCCCGCUCUGGCGCCAACUCGAGCGGUGGAUUCGCGCGACGGGCGUGUUAGUGCGUCCGGGCCUGCCGUGCACCCCGGGUAGCGCGACGCAGCGGGUGUGUGAGUGCUACUGCCUGCUGGCGCGUGAGGCGCUGCGACGGGUGCCGAAGGGACACUUCCAAGAAGAGAGGCGCAGCGACCGCCGGCAAGACUCCACCCGCAGCGAUUUCAGUGCGGCGACGAGCGUCAACGCUGAAGUGACGUCGUCCACCGGCCCGCCCCCGCGGUCUGGCCGGUUCUGGUCCCCGCCGACCAUCGACAAGUUCGUCCAGCUCUUCCUGCCCUUGGCGGUGGCUGCAUUUCAGACCCGCGCCCCGUCCUCCACAGGCUUCCUCAUCUCGCUCUUGUACAUGUCCCCCGCGAUAGCGCUGCCGGCGCUGCUGACGUGUGUCGACGCCGGCCUGAACAGCCCGACGGAGGUGUCGGAGCAGCGACGCACGUCGGGGGUGCUGCUGAUGCACGCCAUCGUGACCCUCUUCACUGAGGACGAACGUCUCGCCAGCGAGGUCGGCCAGGCGGCACGCGAGACCGUCGCUGAAUACACCCAGGGCUGCGUCUCGCUGCUGCUUUCGCUGGUCAGCCCGAGCACGCCGGAGAUCGCGUCCUCCGUCCUGACGUUGCUGGGCGUUGCGGUGAGCUACAUUCCCACCCAGAUGCUUAUGCAGUCGUCCUACGAGGCCGAGGCCUUCGGCACGGAGUACGCGUCGCGUGUGAUUCCCCUCUUCACCGAGCGUGGUGCGGAGCGGGGCCGCGCCAGUACACCUACUCAUCAAAAUCAGAUCGAGGCCUUCCUCUACGCCCUGCCCCCCAGUGCGGAGGCCAUGGUAACGAGUGCCGUACUGAGAGAGGCGCACAAUCGCGACCACGGUAAUCGCAUGAGCGCGCUGGUGCGCAUGGUGGCCGUCGUGGCGCCGGCCGAGACGUGGAGGUGUGCGGAGAAGACGUGGCUGCCGGUGCUACACGACCUCUCCGCCAACGACGCGGAAGUUGAGUGGGCCGGCGCACUGCUCGCUGCCUGCGUGUCGGGGCUGGGCGAGCGAGUGCUUGUUCGGGCACACGCCGCCGACAUUAUAAAAGCAGUGCACGUGCAGCUGCGCUUUCUCACGAGCAAGACGCGGCGCGGCGUGGCGGUGCAGCUGACGCAUGCGCUUGUCGCCUCUCUCAUGCGCCCGUGCUGGACGGCGGCGUCGUGUUUUACUGCCCCCAAGUGGCGGCGCGGCGCCGGCAACACCGAGGCCGUAAUCCCCAGCGAGGACAGAACACCGCUCUCGCCGCCGAUGCGGGCGACGUCCAGAGCUGCGAUGCGGAACGGGACGGCAACAGCGGCGCGUGUGCGGGUGGAGUGGCCAGAUGCCGACGAGGAUGUGCGCCUGGCAGCGACGUUCUUCAACGACGCCCUUCGCGACCUCGUGCAGAUCGUGUCGAACGCACAGAACAUUCGUGUGGGCUCCCCUGACGCUGCGGCGGCUCUGGACGCUUCCUCGCUGUCGCGCCGCUUUCUUCUGUGCGCGGACGCCAACAACGUAGCGGCCACGCCGUCCCCUCGCAAGGAGCUGCGCGGCGUGUGCGAGAGUGCGAGCGUCGUCAACCCCCACAGCGUCGUCGAAGGGGCACUGGAGUGGAUGGUGCGGCUGCUAGAGAUAUUCGAGUGGAUCUACGUGGAGCCGUCCCCGUCCGUGGCGAGGACGGCCGCUGUUGAUGCCGUCGUCGCCGCUGCGCGACGGGGCGUUUGCUGGGCUGACCUGAACCCCCGCUCGGCGUGGAGGGCGGUGCGUCUCCCCGCCGACUGCCGUCCGGCACUUUCCCGUGCGGCGCUCUUUGAGGUAGUCUAUACACACCUGUGCCUGCCCCUGAUGGACCACCACGUCCUCACCCCGCUGUCGAAGGCGGGCGUGGAACUGCGUCCACUCUUCCUUGCGCUCCACCCGUCGUUGGACACGACGGUGCCAGCCGCUGCCCAGGAAGGCUCGUCUGCUGGAGUGUGGAAGGAGGACAGCGUGGUGGACUGGAACUGCGUCCGCGGCCUCCUGCGUUGGCUCGUGCUGAGUCAGAUCGACUGUCCGCAGCAGUUCUGGUUGCCGCGCAGUAGCUUCUAUUGGUUUUGGUCCAAGGUAUCGGCGCACAGUCCGUCGUGCCGAUCGCGCAAGAAACUCCCGCUGAGUGGGUGGGCCAGCCGCUCGUUGCAGCUGCACGUGGAGGCGUCGGUGGCUGGGUAUCUGCCGGUGUCGCAGGAGACGCUGUCCCGCACCGUGUCGGUGCUGCAGUGCAUGAGCUUUUCCCCCCACGAGCGGGUCCGUGCCUCUAGCCUGCACCUGCUCCUCGACGACCAGCUGAUCGGCUCGCUGAACGCGGCGUCGUUGGUGCUGCUGGUGCGGCGGCAGGACGCCCUGCUGGCUGCGGUGCUCACACAGUGGAUGUCGCUGCGGGACGAACGCGAGGCUUUGGCGGCAGAGGCGGGGAAGAGCAGCGACGUGACCACACUGCCGCCGCGUACUGUGGCAGCCGAAAUGGGGCGUGUGAGCGCUUCACCCCCACCGUCGUCCGCCGCGGCCCUCCCCUCGGCGCUCCUUCGCGCCUUGCAGGAGUCCACCAGCGGCACUCUCCAGCUCUUCGCCGCCAUGACGCUCCAAAGCCUCUUCACGAAGGCGCCCUGGUGGGGGCUGCGGGCGUGGCGGGUGCUUGUGACCUUCCCCGAGGAGCUGCGCACCAUGUCCACCGCACAACUUCUGCCGUUGAUACAAAAAUCGUCUAAUUCACUCCUCCAGGUUGGUACGACAACGAGUCGGUCCGCGCCGUACAUGGAGGUGCUCCUCCAACUGGCUGGCCGCCUCGUCGCUGCGCACCCGACGCGUACGGUCGUGCUGCUGACUGUGGCGAACCGCCUGUAUUGGCCCUCCCCGCAGCGGUGGGUCUCGCUGCACGCCGUCCGGCUGCUGGCGCGGCUGGCGGAGUCGGUGCACGUGGAGGUGCGGUCAGGCGCCACGAAGCUGCUGAGCGCGAUGGCGGUGCACGUGGCGGUGCGAGAGGUGCGAGUGCCCGUGUACUUGCUGGGGAGUACGCAGCCUGACGAACUGGGGCAGACCCCUUCUUCUUUUCUACUUUCCGCAGGCGGCGUUGACGCGCUCGGCGAGGAGGAAAAGCAAACCCACCACGCCGCCGUCUGUGCGGUGCAGGCUUCGCUGCAGAAGCUGAAGGAUGUGCUGCCUAUGCUGCUGCAGUACGUGCGAGACAAGGGCCAGGCAUUUCCUCUCUGCGUCAUCACGGUGCCGAAGUCGGCCGCGGUUGCCGCCGGCCUUCCGCUGCUCUCGAGCGCCGCCUUAACGGCUCCACACGGCAGCUUCGUGGACAGUCCCAGCUUUGUGAACGCCCUCGCUGGCGAGCUGCCGCCGAACACGCCGGCGUACCGGGCGGGGUGGAGCGAGCUGUUGUUUGGUGCGGCUACCCGUCCUGCGGGCACGCACGACACCCCUGCGACUUCUUCCUCUCCUGCACCGUCGGCAUCACCGCCGUCGUGGGCGCUGCGUGUGCUGACGCUGCCCGUCGAGCGUCCCGUUGCCGGGGCGGCGCCGGAGGCGUUGGCGUUCAGCGUUGUGAACCUCCUUACCUCCGCCCACGACGGGUCGGCCGCCGCCACGCAGCGCGUCGCCGAUUUGCUGACGUGGGCGGAGGAGCAGCUGCAGCGGUGGGUCGAUGCGCAACACACCGCGCACGACCACCACGCUCCGAAGACCGGCGCGUGGCCGUCCACUGAAGAAGCGACCGAAGGGUAUUCGGCGGCUGUUCAAAGAAAAAGUGAUGCCGGCCGAGCCCCCGCAAGACCAGGAAGUGUGGAGGAGGACGAGAUGUACCGCUUAUUUCUCUCCGUGUUGGACGUGGCAAGCGCGGUUGUCCAACUCACUUCGCAGACGGCGCCAGCGGUGCAGGCAGAACCGCACGCCGCCGCAGCCCUCUCUGCGCUUCGCACACGCGCGUUGCGGCUUUUCCUCGCGACCCUGAAGUGCCUGUGCAGCCACGCUGCCGUGCCGCACGCAAUCAUGCAGUCCAUGAUGAUCCUUGGCAUAUCGGCCGUCGGCGGCUUUAUCUCCGUGGAGGAAGCGUGGUGCCUCAUCGAAGGCGUUUCUCAGCACCUGCGGUCGACUCCGGUUGAGGCCGCAACGGCGGUGGGUGACCCCAAAGCCACAUCAGCGAGAGCAGUGGCACUGCAAAAGGCCCCCGAGAACGGCGGCAGCGAUACGUGGUCCCAGCGACAGCUUCGCCGCAUCAGAGUUGUCUUCACUCUCGUGAAGGCCGUGCCGCUCAUCGUCGCGUCUGCGCUGCUCCCUCGUCUUGCUGCCCUCGUGGGCGAGCACGAAGGCGCCUACUUCGUGUCUCCGGCCGAUCAGGUACGGCAGUGCGCCGCCCAAGUCGUUGCUCGUCUCAUCACCAUGGGCUACCUCCACAGCGAGGCCCUGGUGGAGUACAACCAGUGCUACCCCGCUGCCCGGCAGCUUCUCUCUCUCCUCCUCGAUAAGGUGAACGCGCAGGUGUUUCAGGGAAAGCUGUCAUUUACGUCUCCGUUGCAGGGCCGCGGGGCGGCGGCAGAAGAAGCGGAGGCGAGGCCGGCGCUGUCUUCUGCGCCUGCGCCUCUGCCCCUGCCAUCCCCAAGCACGGAGGACCUCGCCCUCCUCUCCACAAUGGCGCUCACCCUUCAGGCGAUCCCGAUCGACACGUAUGUCGACUUCGUGGACGACAUAGUGAUGCUGCUGUGCCGCUGCCUCGACUUGUCUUUUACAAAGAUGCAGCACCUGCACGCUGCGGCGGAGGCGGCCCUGCAGUCCCUCGCUGUAUCGUGGCUACCGAAGGCGCACGCGCAUCGCCUGCUGGAGCAUCUGUGCGCCAUCUGCGUCGGUGCGGUGCCCUACGGUGCGUCGCGCCGCUCCAAGACAGCCUGCACCCGUGCCCUGCGCUUCGUGGUGUUCCGCAACCUGCACCGAAUCGGUAAGUACGCGAUGAUCCUCCGGGUCGGCGACGCCGCGCUCGCCUCGCUGGCGCACCCGAGCGCUGCGGUGCGCAACGAGGGCAGCCAGCUCUUCGCCAUUCUCACGAAGGUGGCGUCGGAGGCGCAGACGCGGGUUGUGGUGCAGGCCAUCGCCUCCGAGUGCCGACAGCUGACGCAGAAGGCGGUCACCAUGACGCCCACCCAACCACCGACGCCGCCGCCACCACACGUGCAGUCGGCACCGGCGCAGCUGUCGGACGUCUCGAGCGGCCCGUCCUCGCCGGAGACAGAGGGGACGCCGAUGAGCCUCUCACGCAGCAACGACCCUUCCCACAACCGUCGCAUCGCGGUGGUGCAGGCGCUGGGGGCGGUGGUGCUGGCAGACCCCGGCACGCCCUCGCCGUACGUACCGAAGCUGAUGCAGGUGCUGGCCUCCUGUGCGCGUGAGGGCAACACCGAGUGUGGCCGCUUUGCGAAGCGCAUCUUUGAGCAGUGGUGGCACGCUCAUCGCGAGGGGUGGGAGCAGGAGUAUAGGAAGUAUUUUACGGCGGAGCAGGUGGAUUCCAUGACAGACCUACUGUUUGCCCCCCGCUACUACGCGUAG